ACGCGAAAGAAACAAGUUGUUCGUUUCGCUCGAAACACUUUUGGCAACAUUGCUAUAAACAUAAACAAUUUAUAGAAAAUUGGCUGCGACAAUUUACAUAAACACCUACACACUCACCUACAUGUUACACUUACAUGUGAAGUGAAACUAAUAACGUUUCAGCAAAAUUAAUUGCGAGUAUUUACGCGUUUGAGCUAAUAAAAGUAAUUAAAUUUGAGAGUUUUGGAAAAUUUUCAAAAUCGCGCGCUAAAAACGUGUUAUCACUUUUUUUUAAUAUGCAAUUCGGUGCACGUACUUCAGCUGGGCAACAAUUACAACUAUUUACAUAUGUAAAUUAAUUGUUAAGUUUAAUCAAUUUAACCUUUUGUAAAACAACAACAAACACUCGUGUAGAAUUAUCGAUCGCUGCUGCACAUCAAAAGUGUUCAUAACAUUUUGUGUUUGUGUGCAUGAGUGCGCGUACAUGUGUGUGUGCUUUUGAUCCUUGUGCGCAGCUUGAACACAGCUUCUAAUCGGAGAAAAACUCGGUUCUGCCUUUUAUACAUAUUUUUUGUAAAAUUUCAUAGUUGCUUAAGUUACAAAAAAACUACACACACACACAAAAUGACGCGGCCAAAAGAGGACUCAAAAUUUAAAGCAUUCCUGCGGGAGAACUCGCUGACGAUGCUCACUGUGACUGGUGUGUUUCUGGGCGGUUUGAUUGGUUUCAUCAUUAAAAACAGCACAGGCGAGUGGACGAAGCGUGAGAUUAUGUACAUAUCCUUCCCCGGAGAACUCUUCUUGCGCAUGCUGAAAUGUCUGAUUGUGCCACUAUUGGUUUCAUCCAUAACGAGCGCCAUCGGCGGGCUCGAUCUCAGUAUGUCGGGGAAGAUUGCCAUACGAGCCAAUGCUUAUUAUUUCGUCACAACCAUUUCGGCGGUGGUUUUGGGCAUUUGCCUUGUCACAACAAUACGACCCGGCCAGGGUGCAAAGAUCGUUGAAGUACGCACCGAAUCCGUAGAUAAAGCAUCUAAAGUGUUAACGCCCGAUACGCUUAUGGAUUUAGUGAGAAAUAUGUUUACGGAUAACAUCAUUCAAUCAACAAUGUUUCAGUAUCGCACGGAAAUCUUCGAAAACACGAGUCUAAGUCAACCCGUUCCCAUGGAAGAGUGGGACUUCAAGUCGGCGCAACGCGAAGGCUCCAACGUGCUUGGCUUGGUUAUGUUCAGUGUCAUUUUGGGCACUACAAUCGGACGCAUGCGAGAGAAGGGCCAACUGUUACAAGAUUUUUUUACCGCACUUAGCGAAGCCAUGAUGACGAUAACGUCCUGGGUCAUUUGGAUUUCACCACUCGGUGUAGGUUUUUUGAUAGCUGCCAAAAUUAUUGAAAUGGACUCCAUUGCUGCAACGAUACAGUCUUUGGGUUGGUACUUUAUAACAGUAAUGCUGGGUCUCUUCCUGCACGGCUUCGGUACCAUAGCUGUGAUAUUCUUUUUGGCUACGGGUACGCUACCUUAUCGCUACAUUGCUAAAUUGAGUCAAGUCUUAGCCACUGCCUUCGGUACCGGCUCCAGUUCGGCAACCAUGCCACUUACAAUCAAAUGUCUCGACGGCAUUGGCAUUGAUCCGCGUGUAACACGUUUCGUCAUUCCCGUUGGCGCUACCAUCAACAUGGACGGCACAGCUUUGUAUGAGGCGGUGGCAGCGCUUUUUAUUGCCCAGUAUCGUGAGAUGAGCUAUUCCUUUGGCAAUAUUGUUGCGGUUAGUAUUACGGCUACGGCUGCGUCGAUAGGAGCAGCUGGUAUACCACAGGCAGGUCUUGUGACUAUGGUGAUGGUAUUGGAUACGGUGGGACUGGAACCGAAGGAUGUCUCACUGAUCAUCGCUGUCGAUUGGUUGCUAGAUCGCUUCCGUACCACCAUCAAUGUUAUGUGUGAUGCAUUGGGCACCAUACUGGUCAAUCAUCUGUCGAGAAAAGAUUUGCAAAGCGUCGAUCGGUUGAAUGCUGAACCCCAUGAGCUCCUCGAACUCGGUGCAAAUGGACAUGAAACGAAAGAAUGAAGACGAACCCUGCCUACCCCUCCCCGCAUAAAACCGAAGCCUAAACAGGCACACGACACGCACCGUUGAAUGUUGCUGCAAAAUGCGAGCCGUUUUGGCGUGUGAUUGUAACGGUGUGUGUGUGUGGAUAUAUGUGCAAAGCAUUGAUACGACGCUGCUGUACAUAUAGCCAACGGUGCUUCUGCCUGUCUCAACACAAAUUCUAAACAUUUGUGCUUCCAAAGUACAAGUACACCGAAUUUAUUUAUAUGUAUGAAAAUAUACGAUUUUUUUAAACCACAAAAGGAAGAACAUGCAAGCAUGUUUGAAUUGAGCUAGGAAGAGUCACAAGGUAUGCAAAUAUUGGAUAUUUUACAUAAGUAGGAUUUGUAAAUAAAAAGCGAUUAAAAGUGUUUUUUUGUUUUGUCUAAAAAAUAUUUACAAGUUAUUGAACGAAAAAAUUAUUUAUAACCAAAUUUAUAAAAACUAAUUUAAUUAAAUUUAGUACAAAAUUGGUGAAAUACAUAAAAACAACGUUAAAAUGAUCAGAAUUUAUUUUAACAUACAAGAAAUCUAGAAAAGCUAAAAACAACCAAAAUUUCAAACAGCAACAGAACUAUGCAGAUGCCUAGAUUUAGGAUAUUGUUAAAUAUUGACGUAUGAGUAAUUGAAGAAAAAAAAAAAAAACAAAAAAAAAAUAAAUAAAAAGUAGCGAACUAGUUGGUAAUACUCAAAAGCUGGAAAUCUUGUAAAUCCCAUUAAAAAAGGAAUACCAAAUGUUUUCUUGUGGCAGCAAAAGCGUAGCAACUUUCGAUUGUCAAUUUCUAGCUGUCUUUAUAGUACCAGCAUUUACUUUAUAUGUAUGUAUAUGUAAGUGUAUGUAGUGCAACAGUAAAAAAACUAACGUUAAAGUAUUUAAAAAACAAAUUGACCAGCCAACAUUAUUUGCUGUUUUCAAAAUAUUUCUAUUUAAGUGAUUUUUAAGCAGAAAAUGUGAGGCAAAUUAGUGAAAAGACUAGCAUAAUUGCAUAAUUCGAAGAUUAAGUAAGUUGUUAAAUUGCCGAAUAGAGGUGCAUAGAUAUGUAUGCAAACAUUAAACCGCGCAGUUCGAAGAAAAAAGAGAAACAAACGUUAUUUGAAAAAAAAAUUCCGUCUUUGCCUCCAAUCGCUUGCAUUUUACGUACACACACAUUGGCAUAUAAUUACAUAAGGAAAUACAUGCAUACAUACAUAGCACACUUUUGCCAAAUAUAGCAUUAGGUUUCUAUAGCCAAGAGGUUUCUAUAGAAUGUAAUUGUUUAACGUAGUAUACACAUACAUACAUACAUACACAUAUUAAUUCACAAUUGUUAUUAUUUCGAAAGUCAUUGUGAAAGUUCGCAUUAAGAACUUGUAAAUACUUAAUAGCAUAAGAUCGAUUUAUGACAAUAAAGUACAUACAUACAUAAAAUAUA